UAACAGCUGUGCGAGGUAAACUGACUGUACAGCUGGAAGAGGAAGUAUUUAAUGAGAGAAGCCGUCGACACGUGAGCAACAGUUUGUGCUGAGGCAGAUCAUUGGGCAUUUUGCGCCACCUUGUGAGUGAACGUCUCCCUCUGCAGAUCCACACAUCUGUCCCCAAGAUGGUGUCAAUACUUUGCGCUCUUCGGCACCACGCAGACGAGGUCAGCUGCUGCGCUUUCUCUCCGUCUCUCCUCGCCACCUGUUCCGGCGAUAAAACCCUCCGUGUUUACAAAACGUCCGACUUCUCGGAGCUUCCGUUCUCCCCUCUGUCGGGCCACGGUUACGGGGUUCACUGCUGCUGCUUCAGCUCAUGCGGCCGCUACCUGCUCAGCUGCUCAACGGACGGAUCCACCAUCGUGUGGGCCGCGAACACGGGUGUGGUGGCCGCGGUGCUGCUGCACCCGGCCCGUAGUCCGCUCCGAGCGUGCGCAAUAGCGCCGGACUCCUCCCUGCUAGUGGCAGGGGCCUGCGAUGGCACCGUAGCCCUCUGGGACUUCCCCUGCAAGACGUUACGCAGGUGCAGUGCCGUGAGCGAGGCCAGUGUUGUGGCCUGCUGCUUCUCUCCCUGUGGCCAGAUGUUUGUGACGGGCUGCACCCGCGGAGACCUCAAACUGUGGGAUACGGACAUCAACCUCCUGCAUGCUGAGAAGGACGCCCAUGACCUGGGAGUCACCUGCUGCAGCUUUGCGCCGCAGUUUAAAGUUGAUGGCUGCUGUGUGGAGUUUCGACUGGCCUCCUGUGGACAGGACAGCCAGCUGAAAAUACGGAUUGUUUCCCAGCGUGAAGGGGCAGCCUGUAUCAUGAAGUUGCUGCACACUCUCACCAGCCAGUCGGCUCCAGUUCUUUCUUGUGCCUUCUCUUCUGAUGGAGAGCUGCUCGUUUCGGGUUCGGUGGAUAAAAGUGUUGCAAUAUAUGAUGCGAACCUGGGAACUCUGCUCCACACUCUGAAACAGCAUGACAGGUACGUGACUGCUGUUGCUCUGUCUCCCACCAUGCCGUGGAUUGCAACCGGCUCCAUGGACCGAACCGUAAACGUGUGGCGGAUAGGAGAUGAAGUCAGCGGAACUGCAACUGAAUCGAGGCAGACCGUGUGCCAAGGAAGGAAGUUGCCGGGUCACUCCAGGCUGCUGAUUGCUGAUUGGUCGGAGGAGGAUGUGCAGACUUGGCUCUGUGAGGAAGGACUGCAGGAGCUCGUCAGCAUCUUUAAAGACAACAACAUCGACGGAGCAGAGCUCAGCCAGCUCAACAAGGAAACAGCAGCAGAGCUGGGAAUUGAGUCCGUGGGCCUCCGCGGUCGUCUUCUGAGGAAAACCGAGGCCUUGAAGGCAGAGCAGAGUGGUUCAGAUGACCCAGACGAGUUUCUGUGUCCGAUCACCAGAGAGCUGAUGAAGGAUCCAGUCAUUGCUGCAGACGGGUAUUCCUAUGAGCGAGCAUCCAUCGAGAGCUGGAUCAGGGGCAAAAACAAAACCAGCCCCAUGACAAACCUGCUCCUACAGACCACGCUCCUGACCCCCAACAGAUCUCUGAAGAUGGCGAUAACACGAUGGAAGUCGAGCCAGUAGACAGCAGCUCAUUUUUAGCUUGUUUGCCAACUAAACAGGUACUUUAUCAUUAUACUGGAGCUGCUCAUCUGAUAAGUGCUCUUAUUAUCAUGAAGUAAUUACUAAUAUUUGAUACCAUUACUUGAAGCAACACGAUGUAACUGAAUUAGAAAAAAGACAUUUCUUAAAUACUAGUUGAAUUCACAAUAAACUAAACGCACCACUGUUCAAUACACUCAGAGUAGCGUAUGACUGUUCUCUACUUGUGCUACUGUUAGCUCAUGUUGUAGUUCUUCCAUUAUCCUAUAAGGAAUGGUCACUUGUGCUGUUCUGUCUCCUACAAAUGAAAAGUUCAAUUCAGGAACAAUAAAGAAAAACCUCAAUCUGAUUAAUACACUCUAGUUGUAGAGUUACUGUAGGUCUGAUAUGACCAUCAAGCGGUGGCUAAUGUUAGCUAAACUUUACAUAGCUAUUGCUGAGUCACUUUGUUGACCAUGACCCUUCUCUACUCUUGCUGCUCUUGCACUACAUUUUAGCAUUUCACAGUUUAUCCCAAAUGGAAAUACAAAAAGCAAACACAGAAAUGCAUGUGCCGUUGUCCUGUAGUUCCCGUUUGUGGCCACAGAGGCCGCUGUUGAGCAAAUCUUAGCCCCGCUUUAUUGAUCCUUUUUGGCAGCAACCACACGGCUGCACAAUGAUUACCCUCUUUAGGCUCAUGAUAAUCAUUAAGUCCUCUUACCUUGGGCAGACUUGUGUGUUGGAAUAAAAGUCAGUAGAGCUGUUUG